AUGAAUCUUUUACUGUCGGCCGUCGCUAUUGCAGCUGCCACGGUUGCCUCGGCUCAGGAAUCAUACCCAGUCAUUGGUGGUGACUGUAAAGUCUUCCCAGGCGAUGCAGCAUGGCCUUCAGAUGCCGAAUGGGCGAGUCUCAACGAAACCGUCAGUGGUAGACUUGUCAAGACUGUGCCAUUGGGCUCUCCAUGCCAUGAUCCAAACUAUAAUGCUACCUUGUGCGAGGAGCUCAAGGACGAGUGGCUGAUGGAACCCAUUCAUUUCAACUCCACCUCGUCCGUCAUGGCCCCCUUCUUCGCCAACCAGAGUUGCGAUCCCUGGCAGCCACAGUCGCGGCCGUGCGAGCUGGGCAAUUACGUGCGCUACGCCGUCGAUGUUGCCGGGGCAGAGGACAUUCAGGCGACGAUAGCAUUUGCCCGGGAAAAUAACAUCCGCUUCGUCAUACGCAACACCGGACACGAUUUCAACGGACGUUCAACGGGAGCGGGGGCACUGUCGGUUCGUACCCAUGGGCUCAAGGAUAUCGAGUUCAUCGACGAGUGGGUAGGUGUGGAAUACACGGGGCCAGCCGUCAAGGUCGGUGCCGGCGUCCAGGGCUUUGAGAUUGUGACGGCGGCCAACAGCCAAGGCCGUGUCGUUGUCACGGGCGAGUGUCCGACUGUUGGACUUGCAGGAGGCUACACGCAAGGAGGUGGCCACUCUGCACUGAGCAACUCGUACGGUCUGUCAGCGGACAAUGUCCUGGAAUGGGAAGUAGUAACUGCCGAUGGCCAAUUCUUGAUCGCCAAUGAGACCUCGAAUCCAGAUCUUUUCUGGGCAUUGCGAGGUGGAGGACCCGGGACAUAUGGCGUCGUCACCUCGCUGACGGUGAGGACACACCCCGACGCCAUCGUCAGCGGGGCCGCAUUGUCCUUCUUGUCCAACUCGACCACUACGGAAACAUUUUGGCACGCCGUUCAGACUUUUCAUGAACUCUUGCCGGCCAUGGUCGACGCCGGCGUCAUGCUGGUCUAUACUAUCAAUACUGAGGCUUUCGGUAUCCCGUUCCUGACAGCCUACAACAAGACGGCAGCGGAAUGUCGCGAGGUUCUGAGCCCCUUCUUGGAGAGCCUCGGAAAACUAGGAAUCAAUCCUACAGUCUCUUUUACCGAGUCUCAAUCAUAUCUUGAACACUACAAUGAGACCUUUGGUCCUCUCCCGUGGGGCGGUCUUCCCAUCGACCAGGGUCUUUUUGGUGGUCGCCUUGUACCCCGUGAUAUUGUUUCCAACAUUACAUCAUUGGCAUUCCAAGAACUCGCCAAUCUUGGCGUGGCCGUGACGGGCGUCAGCUUGGACGUGAGUCGCUUUGGCUCAACCGAGACCACGAGCGUGGUGCCGGCGUGGCGCAGCUCAUUGAUCCAUGCCGUGCUGAACCUACCAUGGAGCUUCACGGCGCCCUGGAGCGACAUGGUGGCCCAGGUGAGCAAGAUGACGGAGCAGGCCAUGCCCAUCCUCGAGGCCGCGACCCCUGGCAGUGGGGCCUAUGUCAACGAAGCCGACUUUCAGCAACCAAAUUUCCAGGAGGUCUUUUGGGGGACCAACUAUGAGAGGUUAUUGGCAAUCAAGGCCAAGUACGAUCCGGAAAACUUCCUUUAUACGCGCAUCGCCCCUGGCUCAGAAGCUUGGACCGUAGCAGACGAUGGAAGAAUGUGUCGAUCUUUGUGA